CAGAGGUUAAAUUUAAGAUUUGAGCGCAAAAAUUCCAACUGAGAAAGACACAAAUCCCGAGGAAGAGAGAGAGAGAGUUUUUAGAGAGAGAAAGAUGAAGAUCACCGUAAUGACGGCCGACGAGCAGAUCGUUAGCUUGGAUGUCGAUCCUCAUGAAACUGUUGAAAAUGUUAAAGCUCUGCUUGAGGUGGAGACGCGGGUGCCACUUCAGCAGCAGCAGCUGCUCUUCAAUGGGAGGGAGAUUAGGAAUUCUGAGAAACUGAGUGCUGUUGGUGUUAAAGACGAUGAUUUGGUCAUGAUGGUAUCCAAUGCCGCUUCCAGUGGCUCUACCAAUGAUUUGGGGUUGAAUCCAGAUGGCUCUGCUGUGAACCCUGAAGCAUUCCAGAGGCAAAUUCGAAACGAUUCUAAUUUGCUGGCACAACUGCUUCAGAAUGAUCCUGAAUUAGCUCAAGCUAUUGGCGGGGAUAAUCUCAAUAGAUUGCAGGACCUCUUACGAGAGCGUCAUCGGCAAAGGUCUGAAUAUCGGCGUCAACAAGAAGAAGAGAUGGCCCUUCUUUAUGCAGAUCCUUUUGAUGUUGAAGCUCAAAAGAAGAUUGAAGCUGCUAUACGUCAGAAAGGAAUUGAUGAAAACUGGGCAGCUGCACUGGAACAUAACCCAGAAGCUUUUGCAAGGGUGGUUAUGUUGUAUGUUGACAUGGAAGUUAAUGGAGUACCUUUAAAGGCAUUUGUUGAUAGUGGAGCUCAGUCAACAAUUAUAUCGAAAAGUUGUGCUGAGCGUUGUGGGUUGUUGAGGCUUAUGGAUCAACGUUACAAGGGCAUUGCUCAUGGUGUUGGUCAAUCAGAGAUAUUGGGUAGAAUACACGUAGCUCCAAUUAAGAUAGGGAGUAUAUUUUACCCUUGCUCUUUCUUGGUACUUGAUGCCCCCAAUAUGGAAUUUCUCUUUGGGUUGGAUAUGCUCCGUAAGCACCAGUGCAUUAUAGAUUUGAAGGACAAUGUAAUGAGAGUUGGUGGAGGAGAAGUUUCUGUACCAUUUUUGCAAGAAAAAGACAUUCCCUCACGUUUUCUGGAUGAACAAAGGCACUCCAAGCAAGCAUCCAGCUCCGAAGCCCCAGUGACAUCAGGAACAGCAGGCGACAGAAAAAAUGUAUCAUUGGGAGGCCACUCUUCAGGAGGUGCUACUCAUGGUGGCUCGACUCAGGGAUCCGAUUUCGAAGCCAAAGUUUCGAAGCUUGUGGAGCUAGGCUUUGGAAGAGAAGCAGUCAUACAAGCUCUCAAGCUAUUCAAUGGGAAUGAAGAACAUGCAGCUUCAUUUCUUUUUGGGGGCUGAAUGUUGGCACACAAUUUGUAGCAUUUAUUAUUUCUUUCCGGAAUAAUGCUUUUUAUUGGGGAUUCAUUGGAGUAAUUCAAUGAGGAAUUUACAUUUUGAAAGAAAUUAAAUUCCUUGGAUAACAUUCUGUUUAAUCAUGCAUACUCCUAAAAAACGAGCAUUGCAAUUCAAAUGAUUUAUGUUUCGCAA